AUGGGCCUAAUCAGUUGUAUCAACCGCAAAAAUGAGACCAUAGAAGAUGUGAACAAAUCCACACCAAACCAGAGGCAAUUGGAAGACACUGACAGAAAGCACGUGCUAGCUAGAUGGAAGCGGAAGAACAAUGAAAAGAUGGAGGCGAAAGGGAAAAAGUUUUCAUCAAGCAUAAUGAUACCUGAGGAAGUAAAUAGGCCCAAUAUGGAGAUUGUGCCUUCUGUGGAUCUUACAAAAGCUUUCACCACUAGCCAAGCUUUUGAAUCCUCCAAAGAUCUUGUUAAUUGGGCCAAAGCUGUAGGUAAAGAGCAUGGCUAUGUUAUUAUUAUUCAGAAGUCGGACUAUGGAUCUGACAAAAGGAGGGCCGUGAUGACACUAGGAUGUGAGCGUGGCGGCAAAUAUAAACCAUCCACAUCGGUGUUAAAGCGAAAUCGGACUGGAACUAAGAAGUGUAAUUGUCCAUUCAGGCUAAGGGCAAGGCGUAGUAAUAAAGAUAAAAUGUGGACGGUGCUUGUGCAUAGUGGGAUCCAUAAUCAUGACACUGCUGAGGUUUUGCAGGGUCACUCAUAUGUUGGCCGUCUAAAUCCAGAGGAAAAGGCGAUGGUGGGAGAAAUGAUUGAAGAAAGGGUCAAGGCCAGUGAUAUUUUGAUUGCUAUAAGGAAACACAACCCAACCAACUUGACUAGAAUUAAACAGAUUUACAAUGAGAAGCAAGCAUACAACAGGUUGAAGAGGGGAUCGUUGACCGAGAUGCAACACUUGAUGAAGUUGUUGGAAGAACACAAAUACGCACAUUGGUCCAGGGUGCAGGAUGGUACUGAUGUGGUCAGAUCUUUGUUUUGGGCACACCCUGAUUCCAUUCACUUAUUCAAUGAGUUUCCUCAUGUUGUGAUUCUGGAUAGUACAUACAAGACCAAUAGGUACAGGAUCCCUUUACUUGAGAUGGUGGGGGUUACGUCGACAAAUUUGACAUACUCAAUUGCUUUUGCGUACAUGCAGAAUGAGCAAAAGGAUGAGGUUGUUUGGGCUGUGAAUAGAUUAAAAGACUUGAUCAUUAAUGAGGACAAUCUGCCGAAGGUCUUUGUUACAGACAAAGACCAAGUUUUGAUGGAAGCAUUGGAAACUGUUUUUCCCGCAGCUCGCUGUCUUCUAUGUCAGUUUCAUGUACUUAAGAGUGUAACUGGCGAGAUGAAGAAACUUGUGAAAGACAUUGAGACACGUGAAGACAUUACUGAUAGAUGGAAUCGAUUGAUGUAUGCUGCCAACGAGGUUGAGUAUGAUAAAGCUGUGGGUGCUAUAUCGAAUACCGGUGAGCUCUGGACUUACAUUGAGACUAACUGGUUGCCUUUGAGAAGCAAGUUUGUGAAGUUUGAGAUUGAUACUUGUAUGCACAUGGGGUGCACGACAACAAACAGAGUUGAGGGGGCACACUCAAAGCUGAAGAAACUAUUGUCCGACAGUAAGGGUGACUUGGUCAUUGCGUGGACUGCGAUGAACAAGCUUAUUAUCAUGCAGCAUGACAAGAUAAAGGAGUCCUUCCAGCUCAGCAUAUUUGUCACAGAGCAUUCUUUGAAUGACCCGUUCUAUAAGCAUUUGCGCGGGUUUGUAUCUAGAGCCGCAUUGCACAUUAUUGUUAAAGAGAAGACUCAAAUUGGCAUGAUUGGGGUUGGUGGUAUAUACUGUGAAUGUGUACUUAGGAGAACCCAUGGACUACCAUGUGCUUGUGAGCUCAUGAAGUUUGAAUCUGUCCCAUUACUUGCAAUUCAUCCACAUUGGAGGAAAUUGACUUGGGAUUCUUCGGACCGUGACAUGGAUCCAACAUUGGGUUUGAGUUUUGAGUCUGAAUUUGAUAAAUUACGAACCAAGUUCGAGGAGUCUUCUCACGGAGUUAGAAUGUCGAUCAUUGAGAGCCUUAGAAUGAUUACUUAUCCAGAAACGACUUCUAUGUGCGCUCCAACAAAGAAGAAAACAAGGGGUAGGCCAAUGGGAUCCACUAACAAGCCCAAGAAGUUUGCCAAGGGAUGUGGUGAGACCUCUACAAAGCGCAUUCCUUGUAGAUGGGAGACUAUUGACAAGGAGUAUCCGGGCUCAUGGCGUGAUAGCAACACGACACCAUUACAGGAACCUUCUCCAAAGGUUAGGUCUCAAAAGGCUUCUAAGGCUUCGAAGGCUUCUAAGGCUUCUAAGGUUUCUACGGCUUCUAAGGCUUCUAAGGUACAAAGUCCUCUGAUCCGGAUGGUGUGUACAAAGAAUAAGAAGCCUGUGAGUAGUUACCUACGUCGGCGCUACCUUAAACAAAUCCCUGAUGAGUUUCAUCCAUUCGUUGUUGACUUUAUAAAUGUAAAGGGAGAUGGCCACUGUGGAUAUAGAUGUGUUGCAUCGUUGAAGGGUCUUGCAGAAGACGAUUGGCCACUUAUACGUAGGGAACUUCUGACGGAGAUUGAUUCGGAUGCUAAUAUCAUAAUGAUACCUGAGGAAGUAAAUAGGCCCAAUAUGGAGAUUGUGCCUUCUGUGGAUCUUACAAAAGCUUUCACCACUAGCCAAGCUUUUGAAUCCUCCAAAGAUCUUGUUAAUUGGGCCAAAGCUGUAGGUAAAGAGCAUGGCUAUGUUAUUAUUAUUCAGAAGUCGGACUAUGGAUCUGACAAAAGGAGGGCCGUGAUGACACUAGGAUGUGAGCGUGGCGGCAAAUAUAAACCAUCCACAUCGGUGUUAAAGCGAAAUCGGACUGGAACUAAGAAGUGUAAUUGUCCAUUCAGGCUAAGGGCAAGGCGUAGUAAUAAAGAUAAAAUGUGGACGGUGCUUGUGCAUAGUGGGAUCCAUAAUCAUGACACUGCUGAGGUUUUGCAGGGUCACUCAUAUGUUGGCCGUCUAAAUCCAGAGGAAAAGGCGAUGGUGGGAGAAAUGAUUGAAGAAAGGGUCAAGGCCAGUGAUAUUUUGAUUGCUAUAAGGAAACACAACCCAACCAACUUGACUAGAAUUAAACAGAUUUACAAUGAGAAGCAAGCAUACAACAGGUUGAAGAGGGGAUCGUUGACCGAGAUGCAACACUUGAUGAAGUUGUUGGAAGAACACAAAUACGCACAUUGGUCCAGGGUGCAGGAUGGUACUGAUGUGGUCAGAUCUUUGUUUUGGGCACACCCUGAUUCCAUUCACUUAUUCAAUGAGUUUCCUCAUGUUGUGAUUCUGGAUAGUACAUACAAGACCAAUAGGUACAGGAUCCCUUUACUUGAGAUGGUGGGGGUUACGUCGACAAAUUUGACAUACUCAAUUGCUUUUGCGUACAUGCAGAAUGAGCAAAAGGAUGAGGUUGUUUGGGCUGUGAAUAGAUUAAAAGACUUGAUCAUUAAUGAGGACAAUCUGCCGAAGGUCUUUGUUACAGACAAAGACCAAGUUUUGAUGGAAGCAUUGGAAACUGUUUUUCCCGCAGCUCGCUGUCUUCUAUGUCAGUUUCAUGUACUUAAGAGUGUAACUGGCGAGAUGAAGAAACUUGUGAAAGACAUUGAGACACGUGAAGACAUUACUGAUAGAUGGAAUCGAUUGAUGUAUGCUGCCAACGAGGUUGAGUAUGAUAAAGCUGUGGGUGCUAUAUCGAAUACCGGUGAGCUCUGGACUUACAUUGAGACUAACUGGUUGCCUUUGAGAAGCAAGUUUGUGAAGUUUGAGAUUGAUACUUGUAUGCACAUGGGGUGCACGACAACAAACAGAGUUGAGGGGGCACACUCAAAGCUGAAGAAACUAUUGUCCGACAGUAAGGGUGACUUGGUCAUUGCGUGGACUGCGAUGAACAAGCUUAUUAUCAUGCAGCAUGACAAGAUAAAGGAGUCCUUCCAGCUCAGCAUAUUUGUCACAGAGCAUUCUUUGAAUGACCCGUUCUAUAAGCAUUUGCGCGGGUUUGUAUCUAGAGCCGCAUUGCACAUUAUUGUUAAAGAGAAGACUCAAAUUGGCAUGAUUGGGGUUGGUGGUAUAUACUGUGAAUGUGUACUUAGGAGAACCCAUGGACUACCAUGUGCUUGUGAGCUCAUGAAGUUUGAAUCUGUCCCAUUACUUGCAAUUCAUCCACAUUGGAGGAAAUUGACUUGGGAUUCUUCGGACCGUGACAUGGAUCCAACAUUGGGUUUGAGUUUUGAGUCUGAAUUUGAUAAAUUACGAACCAAGUUCGAGGAGUCUUCUCACGGAGUUAGAAUGUCGAUCAUUGAGAGCCUUAGAAUGAUUACUUAUCCAGAAACGACUUCUAUGUGCGCUCCAACAAAGAAGAAAACAAGGGGUAGGCCAAUGGGAUCCACUAACAAGCCCAAGAAGUUUGCCAAGGGAUGUGGUGAGACCUCUACAAAGCGCAUUCCUUGUAGAUGGGAGACUAUUGACAAGGAGUAUCCGGGCUCAUGGCGUGAUAGCAACACGACACCAUUACAGGAACCUUCUCCAAAGGUUAGGUCUCAAAAGGCUUCUAAGGCUUCGAAGGCUUCUAAGGCUUCUAAGGUUUCUACGGCUUCUAAGGCUUCUAAGGUACAAAGUCCUCUGAUCCGGAUGGUGUGUACAAAGAAUAAGAAGCCUGUGAGUAGUUACCUACGUCGGCGCUACCUUAAACAAAUCCCUGAUGAGUUUCAUCCAUUCGUUGUUGACUUUAUAAAUGUAAAGGGAGAUGGCCACUGUGGAUAUAGAUGUGUUGCAUCGUUGAAGGGUCUUGCAGAAGACGAUUGGCCACUUAUACGUAGGGAACUUCUGACGGAGAUUGAUUCGGAUGCUAAUAUGUACAUCAACAUGUUUGGAGCCAGCGAGGUCUAA